UAGGGGGUGUUGUUUUCUCAAGCCUGGAACAAUGUAAUUAUCAUAGCAAUGAUUGCACUAGCAGCAGUAAUUAGUAGCGCGGACCCUUCCGGACGGUGACUCCCAUGCAAUAUGCACGAGGCCAUUCAAAUAUCCCCGCCUGCUAUCCGAAGUGAAAUCCUAGAGAAGCAACUAAAGCGGCAGAGUUAGAGAGCGAGCGGAGGGAGGGGUACAAGUGCACGUCAGCUGCCUACAAAUGACACACUGCAAUCAUAAACUGUCUCGCGGCGCGUUCUUUCGCGCCUUUUCGUUAGUGAAGUAAGAAGUAGACAUCGAGAUGCUCGGAGAAAAGCGGCUUCUGUUACUGAUUUAGCGGAUAAGACGUUUCUAGCGCACUUCUGGUGGACUUCUACUCCUCAGCACAAAAUAAAAGCUCUAUCGCAGCCGCCUGAGAGUCUGGAUGGACCGCGAUGGACCCUACUGGAGCUCGAGUCGAGAUAACGGAAUAAACCCCAUGCCGAUUAUAUAAGGAUUUUGCGACAAAGAAAGUCAGGAGACAGAAAAGCUGCUUCCCUUAUCACUAAUUCGCCCGAAUAAACAGCUCGCCAGGGUUUAUAUUAUGGACAAUGUAGUCUUUGAGCACGGUGUGCCUGACUUCUCUGGAUUAUUUUCCACAUUUAGUUAUGCUGAGCAGCCGUACUGUGUUAUUACUGGCGCGAUUUUGGACACUGGAUUCAGAUAAUAUCGUAUUGAUGUCUGCAGGUUUGCGCUGGUCACUAGAUUGAGAUUGCUGUGUGAAGUCUUCAUGCUGUGGGCCUUCAAGUCUUAAAGUUCAAAUGGUUCACUGCUGACAAGCUCGUUGGCGAGAUCGACACCUGCUAAUUCGGAUGUGCAGACGCUAAUGCACUGACACCUGUCGCAAUAUGGUGAUAUACUGAAGUGGUACAGGUCUGAACACACAUGUCCUGCAGUGGCAGCAGCACGACACUUACAAGCAUCAAGACAGAUGAUGCCAUUUAUUCGCGAACACUGAUACUCUCACUUUACAGAUGAUCUUCUCUGUGUGGGAAUGGUUCAAUGGCACAUUACCGACGGACAUUUACUCGUAAAUGAGGGCAUGUGGCAUGAGUCCAGCAGAGAGUAUCUCCAAGAAUGAGAGCAUGUUGCCCUCGCCCCAGGUGUGCGUGUCUACUCUGGUGACAGUGAGCACGAUGGCCGUGGUCGACCUCUACCUGCUGGAGCAGAGCAUGCUGGGACCUCGAAGUGGAGCUCGUCCUGCAGUAUGGCCAUGUGUUGCUGUCGCGCUGGGUGACCUUUGUUUCCUGCUGGCGCUGCGCUUCGUUUCUGCCGGUGUGGUUUCGGAGGCUCGCUCUCCCCGCCGGGGCUUUGCCAAUGCUCUGUGGUUUCUUUUCCUCUCGCUGCUUCAGCUGAAGCUUUUCUUUGUGUGUCAGAACUAUAGACAGGAGAGACGACCCCCAGAUCCUCUCGCCCGCAAGACUCUGACUCUUUUACUUUCGGUGUGUCUGCCCUCACUGUUUCUUAUCCUGACAGGAGCUGACUACAUGACUCCACUCCGCAGGAAGCAGGAGGUGCGCAGCCGGCUCCUGUGGGUGGUGGUUGACUUGCUAGAUGUGUUGGAUCUGCAAGCAGGGCUGUGGGAGGUGCAGGGAAGUGUGGGGGUUCCUCUUUGGGUGGAGGGUAUAGUGUUCUUUUACUGUUAUGUGCUGUUGCUGCUGCUGCCAUGCGUGUCACUCACGGAGCUGGGUGCCACUGCGCUGCCUGGGCUCCAGGCGACUCGGAAGGAGGCCAUCUAUCCAUGGCUUAGCCUGGUGACCAUUAACCUGUUCACGCUCGUGCCCAGAGGGGUCGGGAUGCUGUGGUACAGGGACCCACGAGUGUCCACGGUGUUCCUGGGGAAAAACCUACUGGCUCUUGCGGUAAAGUUGAGCUCUGCCUGGGAAAGGCACAGAAAGGGCAGCGGAGGGAUGCAGGGCACAGAAGCCACCACAGGAACUGGAAAUCAGACUCGAGGGGCAGCAUCGGAGCAAGCCAUGGAGCAGGAGCAAGAGUGUAGGUCUCCAGUGCCAUCCUCUACACGCUACCACACACUCUCACGCACUCACGGACACAGCCACUCGCUCUCUCACGUCAGCCUAGACCCCACUGAGACCUCACUGGGACCGGCUUACAUUUCCCAUGAACUAUAGAGGUCAUGAAAGAGUCCUGAAACUGCCAACAACCGGAAUUUGUAGGCUCAUAGCUAUCCCUGGAGUCUCUGUGCUUUUGGCAAGAUUAGCAGAGAUAACUCAUCGUAUUAGCACACAUUGUAGUUUGUACAGCUGAUGAUUUGUAAAGCCAAACACGAGCAGCCUGCUGUGGUGUGAAGCUCCCAGACAAAAAUGAUAAUGAGGCAAAAGAGGGAGCUGUUUUAAUUAAGUGCCUUCUUAAAAGAGCAACAAUUAUAAUUGUUACUCUUGUUUGUUUUGGUGUUCAUCAAGGACUUGAAUUAAACCAUGUACUGUGAAGCAUGACAACUGUUAAUAUUCUACUCUGUAAUAAAAAUGUUUCAUAGA